GGGCGUCAACCUUGAUGAUUUACAGCAGCGAAGUCCAAAAGAGGCAUGUUCCUCGCUUUCAUUCAGCCAGUAACCAACCCGAGAGGCAGCUACUGCUUACAUCGAGAAGUGAAACAGCAUCUAAGUCGAAGUGAGAGAUGGCAAACGAAGCAAAGCCAUGUCCAUGCGACAUUGGAGACCGGAUGGAAUACGGGGGACUGGGUCAGGAGAUACAGAUUGAGCAUGUGAAGGCCUAUGUUGUAAAACCAGCUGUCAACACAGACAAGGCGGUGAUUGUGAUUCAGGAUAUCUUUGGAUGGCAACUACCCAACACAAGAUACAUGGCUGACAUGCUCUCCACCAAUGGAUAUAUAGCCAUUGUCCCAGACUUCUUUUUGGGUAAAGAGCCUUGGAGUCCAUCUCAUGACUGGUCAAAGUUUCAGGAAUGGCUGGAGGAUAAAAAGCCAACAAACAUCAACAAAGAAGUUGAAGCAGUGAUGAAAUACCUGAAGGAGAAAUGUGGAGCAACCAGGAUUGGAUCAGUAGGCUUCUGCUGGGGAGGUGUGGCUACACAUUACUUGGCUCUGCAGUACCCCGACAUCCGGGCUGGAGUAUCUGUCUAUGGAAUCGUCCGAGAAAGAGAGGACCGAUACCAGUUGAAGAGUCCCACUCUUUUCAUUUUCGCUGAGAAUGAUGCGGUCAUCCCACUUGAUCAGGUGAAGGUGUUAGAGGAACUCUUGCAAGAGAAGUGCAAAGUUAAUUUCCAGGUGAAGAUUUUCCCUGGACAGACGCAUGGAUUUGUGCAUCGCAAGAGAGAGGACAUCAACCCAGCUGACAAACCAUUCAUUCAGGAGGCUAGAACAGACAUGUUAAACUGGCUGAAAAAGUACAUGUAGAACUGCACUACAAGUAAAAGUUAACCACAAGACCAAGUUAGCAUUGAAUGCAUUACAAAUGUAUAGUUGAUGCAUACAUAGGACCAAAUGCUGUGUUCUAAAGUGCUAGUCUAAAUGACUAAAUAUUAUGCCAAAUCCUUAGUGUCUUCUCUACCUUUAGUGGUAGUCAUAUGCAAUUGUAUGUUGUCCAUCAUAAUUAUUCCAAUGUUCAAUAGGCAUUAAGUUGAUAAUUACAUUAACGUACGCAUGAUAGUUAGAAACCAAUAAGAAUUCAGACGUACAAAACGUGACAGAUGAAGACUUUAAUGACUUCGGUCCCACUACAGUUGUUAAGAGCAACGUAUCAAAGGAUAAAUAACAUACUGAAAGACUGGACACAUUUCUCCCGAUACAAGUGCACAAGGUGAUUCACUACACAUCUUUGUGAGAAAGCGCUCAAUCCUCAGACUCGCCCGGGCUUCUGAUGUCAUCGAUCUUCAGGAUCAUCUUCACCACCUGGGUUGCCAGGGAGAUCUGCUGCUUCUUGCCAAUCAGUGUCUCGAUCACAUGCUGCUGCUUCAUGUCUGAGAAAAACAAUGAGGUGGCACAUGUAAAAACUAUACAUUUAAAGCAAUAAGAAUGCAUAUUAAACUGCAUGGCAGCUCUUUAAAUGUCAUUGAAAUCAAACGGCUACUAAAAAUUUACAUAUUGCCAAUAAACUGACAAAUUCCAUAAA